AACAUCUGACUCGGUCAGAUUUCAAAAAGAAUCUUAAUGGGAUUCAGACUCUCAAAAAUGUCAAAUUUAUUUGCUUAAAAAGCUCACACGUCUAUUUUUUUUUUCUCUUUAUAAUUUACGCUUCUCUCUCUCUCUCUCUCUCUCUCUCUAUAAUUUACCCUUCUCUCUUUAUCCCCAAGCAUCAACGAUGCUCUAUCUCCCUCUUUAAGAGUAAGCUAUUCAUCAAAUUCAUUCUUCUUGAACAGUUAUGGAACAAGCUAAUGAAAAUUCAAGAUUGACUUGGAGAUUGGAGGUAGUAAAAACAUUUUUAGAAACUUGUAUUCAAGAAGUGUCAUUGAAUGGGAGACAAGGAAGUAGUUUGAAGCCAGAUUCAUGGAACAGGGUUAUGGUUGUUCUGCAAACUUCUCAUGACUUUAUAGUCAUACAAAAGAAGAUGAAGAACCAUUAUGAUUAUCUAAAAGAAAAAUAUCAAGCUUGGUUGCCAAUAACUAAAAAGACUGGUAAUAUUUAUGAUCCAGCAACCAAUACCAUUCGAAUGUCUAACGAGGAGUGGGAUGAGUACAUAAAGGCUCAUCCAAAAGCCAAGACAUUGAGGAGUGCACCUCUACCAUUUCCGGAACUUUGUACAACAUUAUUUGAGGGUUCUACUACAACAGGCAUUCAUGGUUGGAGUCCAAGUUGUACAACUCCGCGGCCCGGUGCCUCUUCUGUAGCUACUAAUAUAGACAUAGAUUCACUUGAUGACAUUGAGGAUCUACUUGGUGAAAAAAAUGAUGGAGCUUCUAAAGAUUUUCCAUCUCAAUCUUCAAUUCCAAUUGAAAAAAAGAAUUUGGGAAAGAAAAGAAAAAAUGCAUCGUCCCGAUUAGAAAUUGAUGAGAAGAUGAGUGCUGCAUUGGAGUUACUGAUUAACAAAAACAACGGGUCUGAUGUUGAAGAAUGUAUAGAAAAACUAGACAAGCUGGAUGGAAAGAGUCAUUGUACUCUGCAGCUCUUUGUAUAUUUUGUGAAGGUGAUAGCUACACAAAAACAUGGAUGAAACUGAGAGGGGUCGAAAAAUUAGAGAAUUAUGUCAGAACCAUGGGGAAAAAUUGGGAAUUCUUUAAUUUUUCUAAUUAGCUAGUAUCUAUGUUAGAUGAAGAUUUUAUGGAAUCUAGUCUUUAUUUUUUUUUGUUUUUUAAUUAUAACCUCUGGAACUUUGUGGUAAUAUAUUAUGCUUAUGGAAUGUAUUUUAUUAGUGAAAAAUUCUACU